AUGGUGUGGUACCUUAAUCAGAGGAGGAUCGGACGGAGAGCUACUUGUUCACCUUUGCCCCGUAGGUUGCCGAAAGGCCAACAUGAGUCAGGACCUUCUGCAUGGAAGCGCGGUUGUAACCCUAGAUCCAGAAGCCCUUUGGGCCCACAACGUGGCAGAUCAGAGAGCUUCUUCCCCAACUAUGAGCGGGGGCCUACACGAGGAUCUCGAACGCAUCGCAAGGGAGAGAACGGAAGCCCCCCGACAAGAGAGAGGAGUCCCAUUGCCCGCCGAAGGCGAUGCACAGAAGGAGCGAAAGACAGGAGACAAAACAUUCCAGGGCAGCCCCUUGGACCCACGCCUCAGUUUGAAGAAGUUUUUGAGACGCGGAAAGAAGAAGAAAAAAUCCAAAAAGCGAGGAAGCAGGUCCAGAAGGAAGGAGGAGAGCAGCGAAAACAGCAGCAGCAGCCGCAGCGACAGCAGCAGCCGGAGUAUAGACUCCCAGGACAGUGGACAUCCAUUUCGGGAGAGUCAUCGGGUUCAUCGGCUAUCGAAGAAGAUUCCAGGUGCUUUGACUCGCCAUGCCCUAGACGAGAUAAGCCGACUCUUGGUAGAAGCCCUUGGAGACGAGAAGUCCGAACAUGUGAGGCCCCUUUUCCUGAAGUAUUGCCGUCUUCACCUUUUUGCCAAGAACAUCUCACCAGGACAGAAGAGAGAGGUAUUGACCUUGGUUCACGGGCUAGACCGGCUAGUUCAGAGGGAUCUCUUGGGUUGCGCGGAUGUGCUGGUACAGAGGUUGAAGGCCAUCGAACUCGUGUUGAACGGAGCGUCAUGGCAGGUGGCACAGAACAUCGAGCUCGUUCCCUUAGACCAAGAAAGGAUCAGCAGCGUAGCCGAGGCACAAGAAGCAACGAGAACAUUCAGAGCCGAUUUCAGGGUUCAGCGGGAUCUCGGAAAAGGUUUCAAGGGGUGGAGCCCGAAAGGAGGAGAGAAAGGGAAAAGCACCAAGGGGAAGGAUGGAGGAAAGGGAGGAAAAGGCAAGGAGGGAGCAGGAGCCCUCCGUACCGAGCCGAUGCGCCCCCAGUGAAUCAUCCUAGCCCCGGCUCUCCUCUUCCUAGGAGGGUAGGGGUUGGGAUAUCGGAGGCCGGUUCUGGAGGAAAGGUUUCGCAGAGCAGCAGCGGUGGUGGCCAACAGUCGUUGAGCCUUGAGGUUGGUUUCACUUCAGAUUUGAUGGGACGUUAUCUUUUGGAGCAAGUGCUAGGCAGAAGUUCGUCCAGUACCUUUGGCUGUUGGGCAGUUAAAUCCUGCGAGAGGCUAGAAGGUUUGAUGGCUGAGGGUUUGUCUCGAAAAGUGGAUAUUUUCCCUCUGCCCCUGCCUAUGCACCCAGCUCGAGCCCUCGAACAACAAGAAUGCCAGUCUGACGAUCUUUGGUUGGUUUUCUUGGUGCUUAGUCUUAAUUAUAUGCAUGGAGGUCAGCAUGCUCAGAUGAGUAUAGGGCCUGGUACAGAUACACAACGCGGUAUUCUGGAGUAUCUUCGGGGUCGGAUUCAAGGUUUCACAACGCGAAGUUUCCGUAUAGAGCCCAUUGAUUGGAAACAGUUUUUUCAAAUUCGUGGUAUCAGUUAUUCUGGGGAGGAGGUGAAGGUAGCAAAGUGGACCAGCUGGGAGAACGUGGAGCCUGCUCUUCCCUUCGGGCAUAUUGGGUCUAUUUCAGCGGUGGAUUUGGCCGAUGGGGGUGUUCGUGAACUUCUCUUGGACCCACAAAGAUUCUUGAAGCCAGGUUUCGGAAUGGAGGGUAUUAAGUCAUCAAAGGUUAUGGUUCGGGAUGAGGAUUGGACUGAAUUGGCUUUGGGAUUGGUCCGUUACAACCUUUGUUGUGUGCUACCUGAAAGCGCUCUGUUGCAUUCCAACGGAAAGCCUAUUCAUAACGGACUCUUUGGAGUGGAAAAAGGGGAGCAAGCCAAUGGUCAUGAGAUCCACCGGCUUAUUAUGAAUCUGAUUCCCAUCAAUUCAGCCUCCAUGUCGGUCGAAGGAGACACGGGCACCCUUCCAUUGUUGUCGCAGAUGAACAGUUUGGAGCUUCAUCCUGAUGAGCACUUGGUUGUGUCCAGUGAGGAUCUGCGAUGCAUGUUCUACCUUUUCGCGCUCCCCCAGCAGUGGUUCCCAUUGUUGAGUUUCAACCGUCCGGUUCCGGCGGAGCUGGUCCCGCCACAUGUCGAUGAACCCUGCUAUCUGUGCUCAAAGGUGUUGCCCAUGGGUUACCUCAAUUCGGUGGGAAUCGCGCAACACCUCCACCGCAAUCUCAUAUCCCGAGCUCAAGGGGGUCCAACUCGGUGUGUUGGCAGCGCCGAGGUUCGAAAGGAUAGACCAGCAUCUCUGGCGAAUCCUUUAUGGCGUGUUUAUCUCGACAACUUCGACCUCUUGGAGAAGGAAAACCCCGAGGCGGCAUCCAUCAUCAAGGGGAGUAUCUCACCAGACUUGGAGCCCAUUCUUGAAGAGUAUUUCCGCUGGGGGAUUCCUUUGAACUCAAAGAAAUCUGUGAGGCGCGCCACCUUUGCGGAAAUCCAGGGUGCAGAGGUUGAUGGUUGUGCGGGUAUGGCCAGACCCAAAAGCGACAAAUUACAAAAGUAUGUUGGGGCAACCUUAUCGUUAUUGCGAGUUGGCAAAGCAACCCAAAAGCAGAUGCAGGUGAUCUGUGGUGGUCUCGUCUACUUUGCUAUGUUUCGGCGUCCUCUCAUGAGUUGCCUCAACUAUGUGUGGAAGUUCAUUCACAGCUUUGACCUCACCUCCGACACAGUGUUGAAGAUCCCCACGGGUGUCAUGUCAGAGCUCCUUGUCUUCCUUGGGUUACUCCCCCUAGCCCAUAUGGAUUUCAGGACCUCCGUGAGUACGGUUGUGACGGCGAGCGAUGCGUCAAAUCUCGGAGGAGGUAUAUGCGCCAGCUCUGGAAUUACAUCGUUAGGCGAUGCAGUUGCCUCGGCAGAUUUUCGUGGCGAUUCUUCCAUUGAUGUUCCUGACGGUGGGGUGGUGUGUAUUGGACUCUUCGACGGAAUCUCUGCUAUGAGGGUUGCCCUAGAGGCCAUUCGAACGCGAGUGGUGUUACACGUUUCGGCUGAGAUUGACCCCACUUGCCGCAGGGUUGUGGAGACUCAUUUCCCGGAUGUUAUCCACCAUGACGACGUGGCCUCGAUUGACCAAGACUGCUGCAACACAUGGGCGGCGCAGGCUUCAUCAGCCAAACUAGUUUUGGUUGGUGCUAGCCCCCCUUAUUGCAAAGCGGUGAACUCCGAGGACACGGAGUCUAAGAGCCCCCUACAUGGAUCAGUUCAGACGGUGAUCUCAAUGUUGAGGUCAUCCUUCAGUUGGUGCCCCGUGCACUUCAUCCACGAGUCCUUUUUCACCAUGGAGGAUUUCGAUCGUCAGACACAUACGCGUUCUAGUCAAGUUCUUCCUUACCGAGUUUGUGCCAGUGGUCUCUCCUUAUGCCGUCGCGAGAGGCUUUACUGGUUUGAUUGGGGGCUUCAGUCCGAAGAAGGUGUUGUCCUGCACCCUCCAACCUCCUCUGGACUUUCUGCUUACGGGGAGAUUCGUUUCGAAUGCUCUGUGGAGCCCCUGCAAUUCUUGGAGAAAGGCUGGAGACUCCAUUCCGAUUCCACCCGCCUCCCGGCUUUCACUGUUCCACAGCCUUCAACUACAGGCAGCUCCACCGCAGCUGGCAUUCAUCGUUGCACUCAGGUGGUGAAGGAUCGCUGGGCAUCCGAUCGCUACCGUUUCCCUCCUUUCCAGUAUCUGGAUCGCCACGUUUUGUGGCGGAAAGAUGAAGCCAGACCUCCAAAUGCGCGUGAACGCGAGCGCAUGCUGGGCUUCCCAGUGGAUUUCACUUACAACUGUCUCAACAAGACUGAGACGAAGAGAUCCGCGACCCACCAUGAAGAUACUCGCCUCUCUCUUUUGGGAAGCACCUCCAGUGUUCCUGUUUUGGCCUUUUUCUUUCUGCAACUCCUUGCGCCUCUCGGGCUUUGCUUGGUCUCCAGCCUGAAAGAGCUACUCAAGGUCCUGGCAGGCCAGUCGGUCAAGCAUGGAGUCGCUCUCCUCUCUUGGAGGGCGCUUCAUCAAACCAAAGUGGCCAGCGCCGGCGAGGAAACCUUGGUCCGCAAGCUUCUCACCCAAGUUUCCAGUAAAGGCGAAGACUUUUUAGUUUCAGUUGGUGCCAGCGCUCGUUCCUACCAGAAGUUUCGCAAUUCUAUUCCGGCCUCCCUUUGGAGCUGGAAGGAAAUAUGCGGCUGGAAAUGGAGCCCUUGCGAGGACCACAUAAACCGGCUGGAACUUCGUGCAAUCUACACAACCAUCCGGUGGCGUGUCCUACGCCGAAAACAGUUACGAGUGCGCUUUUUACACCUGACCGACUCCAUGGUCUGUUUGCACGUUUUGAAUCGUGGGCGAAGCUCCUCUUUGAAGAUACAGACGCUGAUGUACCGCCUUUCUUCUCUUGUCUUGGCAACCGGCUUGCAUUUGAUCCCUGCAUACGUUUCGACCAACUCCAACCCAGCUGAUCGGCCCAGUCGCAGGGCCCGCGUCCGCAAGAAAUGGGCAAAGUGA